AUGACCGAGUUUAUUAAUGAAAAUCCAAACGUUUUAGAUGAAACCCAGUUACCUCAGAGACUCGAAGACCCAGAAGAUUGGUUAGACUCGUCAAUAAAUAAAACCACACUCGAGAAGAAGAAACAACUAUUGAAAAUCAGUUCUAACGAUCCCCAACUAAUAUCAGAUAUCGAAAUACUGGAUAAACUACUGGCUAGAACAAAGGUAUCAGAGGAAAGAUUGCCCGAUUUAGCGUACGAUGAGGAAACUCAAGAUCCAGGUUCGGAAGAAUACUGCUCAUUCAAAGAGGAUGAGGAUCUCAUUGAUCCCCAGGAGAUUUACGAUUUAAUAUCCCAUAUAAGCGACCCAGAACAUCCAUUAACCCUAGGCCAGCUAGCUGUUGUUAACCUGCCCGACAUAGAGGUGCAUAAUUCGGACACUGCAGGCGAGAUCGCCGAAGUCGUUGUAAGGAUUACUCCAACCAUUACCCAUUGUUCACUGGCCACUCUGAUUGGUCUGGGAAUUAGAGUAAGAUUGGAAAGAAGUUUAACACCGAGGUUUAGAAUCACGAUUUUACUGAAGGAAGGGUCCCAUCAGAGUGAGAAUCAAGUGAAUAAACAGUUAAAUGAUAAAGAACGAGUUGCAGCGGCCUGCGAGAAUGAGCAGCUGAUAGAGGUGGUUUCCAAAAUGCUCAGUACAUGCAAAUAG